UGCUUAAUGAUAACGGUACGAUCACCCAAACGUAGAAGGGUUGGCAAUGGUGGCUGCUUAGUGCGUAUCGAAAGAAGCCAAAUCCAAGUAUCUAGCCAGAAAUUAGCCAAAUCCAACCAUCCAACCAAAACGUUUCCUCCUCUGUCUCUCUCUGCUUGCUCUCUCCCCUUCGUCGUUGGAAAUCCCGCGUGUGAACACUCCCCCCCCCUCUCUCUCUGUCUGUAUAUAGACACACACACAAAACACCUAAAGAACAAAACAUUAGGGUAAGUUGUCUGAAACCUCUCUACCAAUUGCAACCUCCAUUCCACUUUGUCCAACAAUUCAUAAUGUCUAAGUUUGGAAGCGUAAAUCCCAGACGGAUCCGCUCUAAUUUCUCCCUCCAUCUGCCUAUCAUCUUCUCAAUAUCCAUGGCUGUGAUCGCCGGCGCAGCCGCUACAUCCGAAGCUUCUCCGAUAUGCAGCAUGGCGGAUUCCGGCCCCGUAGUACCCACAACCGCAUUAGUCAGCUUUCUCGAACGCGUCCAAGACACCGCGCUCUACACACUCGGCCAGCACCACUUCGAUCCAAAACUCUACGUCGACCUCUCUCUGAAAUUCAACCUCUCGACCACAGAAGACGCCUUCAAUCGGCUUCCGAGGAGCCAGAACGGAUCGGUGCCGUUGAGAGAGUGGGACGGGUUCAUGAAGACAUACAUGAACGGGGCGGAAGAGGAUUUGGUGUACGCCGAGCCGCCAGAUUUCGCGGCGGAGCCGGAGGGGUUCCUGCCCAAGGUGGCGGAGCCCGCGAUGAGGACCUGGGCAUUGGAGGUCCACUCGCUUUGGAAGAAUUUGAGCCGCCGAGUCGCCGAUAGCGUCUACCGGAACCCCGAGCUCCACACCCUGCUGCCGCUGCCUAAGCCCGUCAUGAUUCCCGGCUCACGCUUCCGGGAGGUUUACUACUGGGACUCUUACUGGGUUAUAAGAGGGUUGUUGGCUAGCAAAAUGUACGAGACUGCGAAAGGGAUUGUGACGAAUCUGAUUUCUCUCAUAGAUGAAUUUGGAUAUGUUCUGAACGGAGCGAGGGCAUAUUACACGAACAGGAGCCAGCCUCCGUUGCUUAGUUCAAUGGUGUAUGAUAUAUACCACAAGACGAGUGACUUGGACUUGGUUCGCGAGGCUCUCCCUGCCCUGCUUAAAGAACACGACUUCUGGACUUCAGAAAUCCAUAGCGUAGUAAUCCAAGAUGCGCAAGGACGGAAUCGGACCUUAAGUCGAUAUCACGCAAUGUGGAACAAACCCAGACCAGAAUCCUCUACCAUUGACAAGGAAACUGCUUCCAAGCUCUUGAAUGAUUCUGAGAAAGAGCAACUUUACCGUGAACUGGCUUCAGCAGCCGAGUCUGGAUGGGAUUUCAGUACAAGAUGGAUGAGGAAUGCAUCUGAUCUCACAACAUUGGCUACAACUUCAAUUCUUCCUGUCGAUUUAAAUGUCUUCAUACUCAAGAUGGAACUCGACAUAGCCUUCUUUGCAAAUGUCACUGGAGAUAGCGUCACUGCUGAAGAGUUCCUCGAAGCUGCCAAGGAAAGACAACAGGCAAUGAACUCUGUUUUCUGGAAUGAGGAGAUGGGACAAUGGCUUGAUUACUGGCUCAUCAGUAACCAUACUACAUCCCAGAAUACAAGUUACACGUGGGAAGCCGUGAACCAGAACAAGAAUGUAUUUGCUUCAAACUUCAUUCCUUUGUGGAUUGACUUGUUUACUUCAGAUGGCACUCGGGGGGAGAGAGUUGUGCAAAGUUUUCAAAGUUCAGGCCUGCUACGCGCUGUUGGGAUCGCAACUUCUUUAACUAACACCGGGCAACAAUGGGACUUUCCAAAUGGUUGGGCACCUCUCCAGCACAUGAUUGUCGAAGGUCUGCUCAAGUAUGGAUCAAAGGAAGCCAGAUCCAUGGCAGAAGACAUUGCUAUAAGGUGGAUCCGAACCAACCAUGAUGCUUACAAGCAAUCAGGCGCAAUGCAUGAGAAGUAUGAUGUCGAAAAAUGUGGAGAGUUUGGAGGUGGCGGGGAAUACGUACCUCAGACAGGCUUUGUCUGGUCGAAUGGAGUUGUGUUGUCAUUCCUGGAGGAUUUGGGGUGGCCUCAAGAUCUGGAAGUAGGCUGCCAGUAGAAAAAGGAAAUUGAAGAAUGCAUUAAUUCCAUACCAGCACAUGAAAACAAAAGCCUCACGCCUUGUAUGAACUCUUCUUCACGAGCAAAAAUAACAUUCAAAUUAAUUGAUUCA